AUGACCCGCGCCGUGCCUCGCGGCAUUCUGUCGUUCGCCAUCCCGUUACUCCUGCUCGCAGUCGUUGCGUCCGCGCAGCAGAUCUGUCCGUUCACAGGCAAGCCGCCAACGAAGCCCGUGAAGCCGCUGUACCGAUGCGUGGCUGAGAGCGAGCUCGCGUGCUGCUCCGCGUGCGACGACUGGGUCACCGCGGCGACGGUGCUCGGACAGAACGGAACGAGAAUCCUGUCCACGCUCUUCUCUCCAGGCACCACAUUUGAAGCGCUGGACAAGUUCAAGGCCACGCCGGAUCGGUUUUGUAGGCGGUUUUGUAAAUUUUUCAAAAUCCGCGUUAACGCGUUUCAUCCUAUACCUGGUUCAUCGCAUGCAUCGUCCUCCUCUCCCCCCUCCCUCCCCGCCCCCAACCCACAACCCCCCCCCCCCAUCCCCGCCUCUUCUUCCCCUUCCCCCCCUCCCCCAACCCCCUCCCCCAACCCCCUCCCCUUCCCCCCCCCUCCUCCCCCCCCUCCCCCUCCCCCCUCCACCCGAUUCUGCGGAUUCUUGGCGGGCGGAAGCGACACGUGUCUGCAGCUGAUUGAGGGGCUCUACUGCGCCAUCAUGUGCGACCCGGGCGCGAGCAAGUACCUCUCGUUCGAGCUCGCGCCGUCGGGGAAGCUCGCGGACAGCAACGGCACGAUCCGCAUCUGCAACGACUUCUCGAACCGCGUGUACGACGCGUGCCAGUCGCUCGCGUUCCCCGGCGUCGCGCUCACCAUCGCCAGCUUGAUUAAAAACCCCGCGAGAGUCAUGGACCCCUCUUACUGGCGCUACAUCCCCUUCACAUUCCCCAACACCCCCCCUCCUCCCCCCACUCCCCCCAACUACCCUUCCUCCCCCCUUCCCCAUUUCCCCUGCCCGCCUCCUCCUUUCCCCUCCCUCAGCCUCUGUUGUUCUGACCAUUUCUCUCCCUUCAAGCCUACACUCUGUGCCUUCUUCUGCCGUCACUUCAUUUUCCAUCACAUUUCCUAA